CGUUGUUAGCUAGUGCCAGGACUGUGCGCUGUGUGUGCUAUGGGCCAAACUGAGCAGCAGCUGUGUGUGAGUGUUGGAUACCUCUGAAGAGUCAACACAGCUCCAGUCCCUCCGUCCCUUCUGUGGCUCAUCUUCCAGUUCCUCUGAAACACGCCAUCAUGUCUGAGUCGAGGACCUGCAGAAGCUGUCCUCCCUCUUCUCUGCCGUCCUCCCCCGGGUUUCCGUCCCUCCUCCUCCUCGCCCUCUGCUUCUGUCUCCUCCCGGCCUCCUCGUGGGCAGAGCAGACGGUGCCCGUCAUUUCCACGGCGCAGGGCCGCAUUCGCGGCGUCCUGACCCCGCUGCCCUCCGACCUCCUCGGACCCGUCGUCCAGUACCUGGGAGUGCCGUACGCCAGGCCUCCGACGGGGGACCGGCGCUUUCAGGCGCCCGAGCCGCCCUUACCUUGGCCGGGAAUACGAAAUGUGACGCAGUUUGCUCCCGUGUGCCCGCAGUCAUUGGAUGAGAGGAGCAUGCUGGGAGAUAUGAUGCCGUCCUGGCUCACUGCUAACCUGGAUAUAGCAGCGACGUAUCUCACUCACCAGAGCGAGGACUGUCUCUACCUCAACAUCUACGUGCCCACAGAGGAAGACAUCCAUGAGGAGGGAGGUCAGCGGCCAGUGAUGGUCUACGUCCACGGCGGCUCGUACACUGAAGGCACUGGGAACAUGAUGGAUGGCAGUGUGCUCGCAAGCUACGGCAAUGUCAUUGUCAUAACCCUCAACUACCGCCUCGGAGUGCUAGGAUUUCUUAGUACAGGAGACCAGGCGGCAAAAGGGAAUUACGGUUUGUUAGAUCAGAUCCAGGCUCUGCGUUGGGUGAAGGAGAACAUCGGAGCCUUUGGGGGGGAUCCAGGCAGGGUGACGGUGUUUGGUUCAGGAGCUGGAGCAUCCUGCGUGAGCCUCCUCACCUUGUCUCAUUACUCUGAGGACCUGUUUCACAGAGCCAUCAUCCAGAGCGGCAGCGCUCUGGCAAGUUGGGCCGUCAACUACCAGCCGAGCAAGUACGCCCGGCAGCUCGGCGAAAGGGUGGGCUGCGGCAUCGACGACAGCACGCAACUGGUCGCCUGCCUCCAGGGCCGGAGUUACCGCGAACUGGUGGAGCAGAACAUCACGCCGGCCAAAUAUCACACGGCGUUUGCCCCGGUGAUCGAUGGCGACGUUAUACCCGACGACCCCCAGAUCCUGAUGGAGCAGGGAGAGUUUCUGAACUAUGACGUGAUGCUGGGGGUCAACCAGGGCGAGGGCGUGAAGUUCGUGGAGGGCAUCGUGGACUCCGAGGACGGGGUCACGGGCGAGGACUUCGACUUCGCCGUGUCGGACUUUGUGGAUAGCCUGUACGGAUACCCAGAAGGCCGGGACACGCUGAGAGAGAGCAUCCGGUUUAUGUACACUGACUGGGCGGACCGAGACAAUCCAGAAACCCGUCGGAAGACGCUGGUGGCGCUCUUCACGGACCACCAGUGGGUGGCUCCUGCGAUCGCCACCGCUGACCUCCACGCUCAGUACGGCUCCCCCACCUACUUCUACUCCUUUUACCACCACUGCCAGAGCGACGCCACGCCGCCCUGGGCCGACUCUGCCCACGGAGAUGAGGUUCCCUACGUGUUCGGCGUGCCCAUGGUGGGACCCACUGAUCUGUUCAACUGUAACUUCUCCAAGAACGACGUGAUGCUGAGCGCAGUGGUUAUGACUUACUGGACCAACUUUGCCAAGACUGGUGAUCCAAACCAGCCAGUUCCACAAGACACCAAAUUCAUUCACACCAAGCCCAAUCGCUUUGAAGAGGUGGCCUGGUCUAAAUACACCCCUAAAGAGCAGCUGUACCUGCACAUCGGCCUGAAGCCCCGGGUCAGAGACCACUACCGCGCCACCAAGAUCUCCUUCUGGCUGCAGCUGGUUCCUCACCUGCAUCACGUCAACGAGCUGCUCCAGUCCGUCUCCUCCUUCACACACAGCCCGUCGCCGCAGGACGACACCCCGUAUUCCUACACCAAGCGUCUGUCUAAAGGUUGGCCUCCCAGCAGCACGCGCCACCCGGGCUCGCAGGGAGGCACUCCCCAGCCGCCCGAGUCGGCGCUAGGCCAGGGCGGAGAGGAGAACGGCGUGCGCGUCCCCCCGGAAGACUACUCCACCGAACUGUCCGUCACCAUCGCGGUGGGGGCGUCGCUCUUGUUCCUGAACAUACUGGCGUUCGCCGCUCUGCUGUAUAAGAAGGACAAGAGGCGGCUGGAGCACCGCAGGCCUCGCCCGCUCCCCCCGCCGCGGCGAGACAUCACGCCGGCGGACGUGGCGGCCCACCUGCAGGGGGAGGGACUGAUGUCGCUACAGGUGAAGCAGCUGGAGUGUGACGUGGCGUCGGCGGACGAGAGAAACAACGCUCACCAUCAUCACACGCUGGACACGCUGGACGCCCUGGACGGCCUGGACACCCAGGACAUCUACAGCACGCUGGACACCGUGCGCCUCACCUGCCCGCCCGAUUACACCCUCACCUUGCGGCGCUCGCCCGACGACGUGCCCCUCAUGACCUCCCUGACCCCGGGGUCGCUGCCGGUGACCCCCGGGUCGCACCCUGUCACGCCCGCGACGCCAAUGACGCCAAUGACACCCGGAUCCGUGGUCGGGAUGCGGAUGGGGCAUCCUCACCAGGGAUACACACACCAUAGCCCCUAUAGUAACACACACUUGCCACACACACACAUCUCCACGCACACACACUCCACCACACGUGUAUAACCGCAGCACAGUACGCACACAUACAGGGACUUUGUUACAACACACAGUCAUAUGUAGUACACA